AUGAGCGCCAGAACAGACGUCGAAGCCACACAGAACCAGCUGUCGUCUGGUGUCACCCCCGAGUCGCUCAAGGCCACUUUGUUCGAGAAGCUCGAGGCACAGCACGUAGACAUCCAAGAUCUAUCAGGUGGAUGCGGUCAAAUGUUCGAAGCCAUCAUCGUGUCACCACAGUUCGAGAAGAAGACGUCGCUCGCCCGCCAUCGCCUUGUCAACAACACGCUCAAAGCCGAGAUUGCUGCCAUCCACGCCUGGACACCAAAGUGCAUGACCCCUGCCGAGUGGGAAAAGAAGAAGGGUUCUCUAUGA